AUGUCGCACCUUGCGGAAGAAUCCUGUGGUGACAUGACGACCAAGGAGAUUAAGGACGAGCUGGACAAGAUGGGCGUCUCUUACGAAGGCUGCCUGGAGCGCAGUGAGAUCGUAAGGGUGUACCAAGAAGCCAAGCAGAAGAAUUCCAGGGAUCGUCCGCACGGUGGGAGGCUUUGCAACGCUCCAUCAAACUCUGAAGGGAAUGGAGACAUGCUUAAGUUUCUCAACUGCUCGAUGGAUGUCAUCGGUCAGGGAAUGAACAAGCUGCUCACGUCGGUGAAUCAGAAGUUUGACCUGAUGGACGACAAACUCAAAGGGCUGGAGGCAAAGAAGACCGAGGUGAAGGAGAUGUUAUAUAAGGAGCCCAAGACAGCGCUGGGAAGGUUGCAGCAGCUGAAGAACACAGCCGCGAUCAGAGACUUCGAGAACGCUCUGGAUGACACCCUCCGUGUAGCCAAGGAGCAGCGCACGAACAUCAAGGAGGAGAUACUACAAGCCAAAGGAUUGCAGCUGCCGUGA